UUGGUUCAAGCGUAGACGCAGAAGUGAACUCGCCUGAAGGCCACAGCUGGUAAAGGCCCAGGAUUAGAUCUACCGAGUCCACUCAUCCUCAGAGAUGACUGCUUCGAAGAUGGAGGCUGCAUUCAGAGUCUGGACAGCGGGCGGGUUCAAGGCAGUGAACACACUGCUUCGGCAGCCUGACAGCCAGUACUUGCAAGAGGAACAGGGCAAGUCGUUUUUCGGCAAUGCUGCCGACCUGGAGAUCGUCAUGCGUGGCAUGAAAGGCCGAAUCUGCCAGUUGCCUUCGAGCGGCGAGCCGUUUACCAUCGCGGCCGGAGGUUUUCAUUCGCUACUUGCUGAAGUUUAUCGACGAUGUUGGUAGAACGGACGUAUUGCAAGCAAAGUCUGCUCUCGUUCGCGACACCAGAGCGGACGCACAAACUGAACCCGGAGAACCGCAAGCUACUUGACAAAGCUCAAACUGAUUUCCAGCUGCUUGCAGCCCAUAGGUGCCUCGAAUGUCUGAUCCACAACUGCCCGCUGUGGUUCAAGUCCUGUCCAGAUGGGAUCAUCCUCUGGAUUGACUAUCGAAUGCGCUGCCGCAUUGACCUUGAAGCCUACGAAAUGGUUUUUCCAGCUGUGGACGGUGCUAUGAAUGUCCUGUACCUUUGUGCGACGAAGACAGUUGCCACUGAAGAGUGUCCGUUGACCAGGAAUCUUGCACAGGUUUUCCUGCACUGCUUGAUUCACGGCAAAACUCCACACAUAACAAAGUGGGCAAGAGCUUCCUUGAAGGUGUGCUGCUCUGACCCGUCAGUGUCGCUUCAUGUCGAUAAGUGCUUCGAGAUUUGAGAUGACUUGAGAGGGCAGACGUUGAAACAAGAAACAUCCGCUCAAUCUUCGUCCUAUACAAACCUGAGACGGGCGUACCAGCGCUGGAGCAUUUCAUUCAUGGCUGCGCAAUGCAGUGAACACUGUGAGCGUGCUGCUCAAAAUACUGUACGCACCCAAGACGCACCCAAGCAUGCAUGGACAUUGCAGCGAACUCAUGAUGACUCAUGAGACAAGGAAAACUCACAAAGACGCUGUCUGAGAUUCUAGCCAUGCUGUAACGACAUCUCUCACCGGAGUUCAAUUGCAAGUUUUAGCACCUCUUUUUGUUCCUGGGGCAGUUCCGGAUUAAUUCUACAGAACCCACAUUGCUGUGUGGGCCCAAGCUUUACUGGCGCAUGAUGUUUAUUCUCGAACGUUUGAAUUCAUAUAAGCUGAUUUUGUUUAUCAAGGACCACAGCGAGAACCACCUGGAAGACGCUACUUCGCUGGUGCAGUUGCACACCAGCGCUAGCGGUUCUCGAGCAAAACAAGCUUUUUUAAUCGAGGCCACAAAGGCAUGUCGAAUUCCAGACCCGCACCGCAUCACCAGAGGGCCUCAUAGUCGUGGCUCAAGGUCAUCGUCGUC